AUUCACAAUGAUUUUGAAAUUCUUUUAGCGGAUUCAUACACAGCUCAACCUCCUUGCUGUCGAGAUCAUAUCGGUACAAUCACUUGUAAUCGGUUAGCGAAAACCAACUCACGUCUGUUUACACGAAGAUGUAAUACGGAUGCUGAGUUCAGACUAAUCCAAUGCUGUUCCGCAUGUAAUCAUAGUUCUGAGACGAUUGCGUACGAUUUAAUAGCACGCUCAUUAGUAUCAGAACAGUGCUAUGAUAGAUAUGGAUCGAAGUUCUGUAAAUGGAACUGUGACGGUGAAAACCCACAAAUCGCUUUUCGGGCAUGCCGGAAAUCAUGUGGAUUCUGUGACUUCUCAACCAUCAACUAUACGAUAGCUGAUGCCGAGAAGGCUUGCAAUGUGAGUCAAUGGCACCUCCUGGCCUACUCUACUUCUGCAGGGUUCAUGCAUGAGCAAAUUUUGUUAUUUGAGGAGUGGAACUUAUCUGUACGAUGA